AGGAUCACGAAAUUAGCAAGGGGGAAGCAUACAAAAAACGCUGACUUCCUGUGUUUUCUUAUAACGAAUGAAUACAUUACGCAGAACAUAAGCGAGAGGGAUAUAAUAUCUGAAAACGGUAUCGCUGUGGAUGCCACUGCUGUAAAUGCGGAUUGUUUACAACAGCCCUCGCAUCCUUUCCUCCCUCCCCUUUUCCUCUUUCCCAGAGCGCCUGGGUGCUGGUGGCGAGACAGCAGCUACAGCAGCUCCCGCUGACCGAAGAUAGCGCCUGCAGAGCCGGCCACGGCCGUCACAUCACCCCGGGCCCCUGGAGGGUGCCAUCAAGAGCAAAGCAGGAAGCUUUUGAUGCCACAUCAUUGUGCAGCAUCAUUCUUCCGUGAAGAAAAUCACACAACCACUUCUGGAUUUUAUUGAUUUUCACCUCCAAGUGUUUUCAGGAGUUUGGAUGUGCAGUUUCACAUGACAUGGCUGUUCUUAAACUAGUCGACCAGCCACCCCUCGUCCAAGCCAUCUUUAAUGGAGACCCCGAUGAAAUUCGUGUGCUCAUAUGUAAAUCAGAAGAUGUCAAUGCACUGGACACUGAGAAGCGAGCUCCCCUUCAUGCAGCAGCCUUCCUCGGAGAUGCUGAAAUCACGGAGCUCCUCAUUAUGUCAGGGGCACGAGUCAAUGCCAAAGACAACAUGUGGUUGACUCCACUACACAGGGCAGUGGCAUCACGUAGCGAGGAGGCUGUUCGCGUGUUGAUCCGUCAUUCUGCCGAUGUUAACGCACGGGAUAAGAACUGGCAGACUCCGUUGCAUGUCGCUGCUGCCAACAAGGCUCUGCGCUGUGCUGAGGUCAUCAUCCCGCUUCUGAGCAGCGUCAACGUUUCGGAUCGUGGGGGACGCACCGCCCUGCACCAUGCUGCCCUUAAUGGGCACACAGAGAUGGUUAGCCUUCUCCUGGCCAAGGGUGCCAAUAUCAAUGCCUUUGACAAGAAAGACUGCCGUGCACUGCACUGGGCGGCAUAUAUGGGUCACUUAGAAGUGGUUUGUUUACUGGUGAGUCAAGGGGCCGAGAUCAGCUGCAAAGACAAGAGAGGAUACACCCCUCUACAUGCUGCUGCUUCCAACGGUCAGAUCGCUGUGGUGAAACACCUGCUCAGCCUUGCUGUAGAGAUCGAUGAAGCCAAUGCCUUUGGGAACACAGCGCUGCAUGUGGCCUGCUUUAAUGGACAAGAUGCAGUAGUCAGUGAGCUGAUCGACUACGGUGCUAAUGUCAGUCAGCCGAAUAACAAGGGUUUCACACCUCUGCACUUUGCUGCCGCGUCCACUCAUGGUGCCCUGUGUCUGGAGUUCCUGGUCAACAGUGGAGCUGACGUCAAUGUCCAAAGUCGUGAUGGGAAAAGCCCUCUUCAUCUGACGGCAGUCCAUGGACGAUUCACACGCUCCCAGACACUCAUCCAAAACGGUGGAGAGAUUGACUGUGUCGAUAAGGAUGGAAACACUCCUCUGCAUGUCGCUGCUCGAUAUGGCCAUGAACUUUUGAUAAACACCCUAAUCACGAGUGGAGCUGACUGCACUAGAAGAGGAGUACACGGCAUGUUUCCUUUGCAUCUGGCCGCUCUAAAUGCUCAUGCCGACUGCUGCCGGAAGCUUCUCUCCUCAGGACGGAGGUAUAGCAUAAUGUGCCCUCUCAGUAAUGACUCGGUCCUGUCUGCAGGCUUCCAGAUCGAUACACCAGACAACCUGGGGAGGACGUGUCUGCAUGCUGCAGCUGCGGGCGGUAAUGUGGAAUGUGUGAAGCUAUUGCUCAGCAGUGGAGCCGAUCAUAACCGCAGGGACAAACAUGGAAGGACCCCUCUCCACUAUGCGGCAGCUAGUCGACACUUUCAGUGCCUGGAGACUUUGGUGUCCUGCGGAACCUGCAUUAAUGCCACUGACCAGUGGGGGCGCUCUGCUGUGCACUACGCUGCUGCUUCUGACCUGGACCGGAGGCGGCGUGUGGUCCUGGAACCAGAGAGUGACGGAGUUCAAGCUGAGAAGGAGAAGGAGGCAGCUCUGUGUCUUGAGUUCCUGUUGCAGAAUGGUGCUGCCCCAUCACUCAAAGAUAAACAGGGCUACAGUGCUGUUCAUUAUGCUGCAGCGUACGGCCACAGACACUGUCUGAAACUGCUUUUGGACAGAGAUGAGAACCAACAGGAUGAUGAGAACAGCCAAACCAGAAGCCCAUUGCAUCUGGCCGCAUACCAUGGUCACGCACAGGCUCUAGAAGUGCUCCUGGAGGGUCACUGCGAGGUGGAUCAGGGGGAUGAGGUGGGUCGGACUCCACUGGCGCUCGCUGCCCUCCGGGGUCACACUGACUGCGCUCUCACGCUUCUGAACCACGGGGCCUCACCGAGAAGCAAAGAUACUCUCCGGGGACGUACACCGAUCCACCUUGCAGUCAUGAAUGGUCAUACGUCAUGCGUGCGCCUCCUGCUGGAAGACUCUGAUAAUGCAGAUCUGGUAGAUACAGCGGACUCUCAGGGACAGACCCCUCUAAUGCUGGCAGUGAUGGGGGGUCAUGUGGAUGCUGUGUCUCUUCUAUUGGAGCGUGAGGCCAGUGUGGACUUGGCUGAUCAUCAUGGUCUGACUGCUCUGCACCUGGGGCUCUUGUGUGGACAGGAGGAAUGUGUUCAGUCGCUGGUGGAGCUAGAGGCAUCUGUGCUGCAGGGGGACUCCAGGGGUCGGACAGCCAUCCACCUGGCUGCAGCGAGGGGUCACGCGUCCUGGCUGAGUGAAUUGCUCAAUAUUGCAUGUUCUGAAUCCCCGAUACCUCCAUUACGAGACAACCAGGGAUACACACCCUUACACUGGGCCUGCUACUAUGGUCAUGAGGGUUGUGUGGAGGUCCUACUCGAACAAAGAGAUUUUCGUCACUUUGAUGGGAACCCUUUCACCCCGCUUCAUUGUGCUGUGGUCAAUGACCAUGAGACCUGUGUCAACCUCUUAUUUGAAGCCAUGGGAUCAAAGAUUGCAACUUGCAAAGACUCAAAGGGCAGGACACCUCUCCACGCAGCUGCUUUUGCUGGCCACAUAGACUGUGUUCAGCUGCUCCUGGCCCAUAGUGCAUCUGUGGAUGAGGUUGACCAAUCAGGGCGCAGUGCCCUGAUUAUGGCAGCAGAGAAAGGAAGAGUCGAAGUCGUAGAAGCUCUACUCACUAGUGCCAAUGUGAACCUCAAUCUGACUGACCAGAAGGGCAAUACAGCUCUCCAUCUAGCCUGCAGUAACGGAAUGGAGGAAUGUGCAUUGCUCAUUCUUGGAAAACUUCCAGACUCUGCCCUCGUCGCUACAAAUGCUGCGCUGCAAACACCUCUGCAUUUGGCCGCUCGCAGCGGGAUGAAGCAGACAGUGCAAGAGCUGCUCUCUCGUGGGGCCAGUGUUCAAGUGCUAGAUGAGAAUGGUCUCACCCCUGCUCUGGCUUGCGCUCCCAGCAGGCAAGUGGCUGACUGCCUGGCUCUCAUUUUGGCUACCAUGAUGCCUUUCUGCUCCCCUUGCAGCUCUGGAGCUCCUUCGCCAGGCGCCCUCCUGAAAUCUCUGCCCCGCCAGGCCAAGAGUCCCCAAGGCCCCCGAAGUCCAAGGGACCCCUCCGGCCCCUCCAGUGAGGGCACGACUACUGAAAAUGAUUCCGAUUCAGAGACAUUUUGACCCCGACUCCUUCUAGAUACACCGGACAUAGUUUUCAAAGCACAUAUUGUCAUGAACCUUACAGAAGUUGUACAGAUUUCUGAUUAUGGAGUGCAGCCUCUGUAUUAAGAGAUUAUGACAUAUAGCACACAUGGUACGCUUUUGUUCUCCCACACUUGUUUGCACAGGAGAUUUUUUCGAAAGCCAUUUGAAUCACUUUAACACAGGUUGAUUGAUGAUCGAUUGCCAAAUGUUGACUGACUUCUCACACUUGAAGGUUUUGUUAUGCGUCUCCUACGUUUCCGUGUAAGCUUGUUGUGUUCGAAAUGACGUGAAAGUCUAAUGGUGUGUGAUUUAUUAGCCGUUUAAAAAUCUUUUCAGAUUUGAAAAGGUGUUUAGUGUUUGUACUUCAGUCUUAAGACUAGUCAUGAAAUCCAGUGUGAUGUGAUGAAAAAUCCAGUGCAAGUUGUCCAUUUCCGGAUCGUACACCAGUUGUACUUUACAUAUUAUAUUUGACAAGUUGUGAAAAGAAAGCUCUUAAGAUUUAUAUUGCAAAAGAGCAUUUUUAAUCCACUGAGAUAACAACAUUUCUAGGCCUUGAUGGUCUAAACUUACAUCUGACGCUUUCGGAGAGUGAUAAUUUUGACACCUGAUUCCUUCUCAGACAUAAAGACAGUGUUCAAAUAAUACUUCUAUUCAGGUUGAAUUUUAGAUUCUAGUGAAAGGGCACAGCAUGUUAUGUGAACUAUGAUGUUCUCAAGCCUGUACUGAUAUUUAUUGACAUUUAGAUGACAACGGUACUACAGUUGUAUGCACUUAUGUAUAGGAGUAAAUGGGUGUUUAAAGGAAUAGUUCACCCUGUAGAUUAUAAUUCUGCCAUUGUUUACACGUGUCAGUGUUUUUGUGGGACACAAAAGGACAAUUAUUGAAGAAUCUUGAUGUGGCUCUUUCCAUACACCAAUACUGUGUCUGUCAGGCUCUAAAAAUGACAAAGAAAUACCUCCAAAAGAGCUACAUACUGUAUUCAGAGACUUCUGAAAUCAUACGAAUGCUUUGUAUAAUAUUUCCCUUAAGUGAGCUGUUGGUUCUGGAUCAUUGUUAAUGAAAUGAAUAGAAUUGUGAAUAAUGACUUAAAUUUUAGUCUGUUCCUCACAUAAAAGUAUUAUAUCGCUUCAAAGGACUUCUCCUUCUGUGUCAACAGCAGCGGUAGGAAGUAAUGUGAGAGAUAGUAAGUAAUGACAGAAUUGUGAGUUUGGGGUGAACUAGUCAUUUAAAAAUGAAUCUAUAAUGAACUUUUCCAGUCUUCUUUUUUCUUUCCUUAUGAAAAUCUUUUAAGAAUUUGCACUGGUUGACUAUCAGUCCUUUUUUUAAACAGAUUUCUAAACAUGCUUUUGGGGGGGGGGGGGAUGUUAGCAAGUGUGUUUCUUUGCUUGUUUCUAUUUUGCUUCAAAAGAUGAAGAGCUUUCAGCGAAGACGGUGUUUUAAUAUCUUGCCGGUCAGAAACUUUCCAAAACAAAUUGAAAAUGAAAAUGUAAACUACCAUUUGUCUGUUUGCCUUUGUCCACGAUGUGCCAGUUUCUCCACCGUGUCCAGUGCCUUGUUCUGCAUUUUCAGAGUUUGUUAGAUUACAUCAGUAUAUGUUUGUAUGUAUGGAGUGUAAUGAAAGUCUGAAGAUGUGAAGAUAAGUCUGGGUCACACCUGCCAAUCGGAAGCCAAUGUGUUUUUUUACCAAGUCCUAAUGUUUGUGCCUAUGAGUGUGUGAUUUACAAUAGAAAACAGUCUUCGUACAUAUCAGCUCAUGGACAUUAGCAUCAUUACCAGAGCAAACAUUGCACACAACUGUCUAAUAACAGAAGCACAUGGGUGAGUUUCUUUUCAUAAAUUAGAUGGAUAGAUUGUGAGUGAAAGGAUGCAGAAGAAUGAGUCAAACAGUAUUAUAACAGAAAAAAAAAAGCUUUGAAAUGUGUGACAAUCUAGAUUAUGGUUUCCUCCUUCAUUCCAAUGUUGAAGGUUCUUUGUCAGCUCAAGUCUCUUUUAUAAAAAUUGUAUGACUAUUAUAUAAAACGUUUUAACAAAGUUUUG